AUGCCAGUCAAGUCCUUCAAGCUCUCAGACGGUAGGAAGAUACCCUGGAUCGCAUUCGGAACAGGAACUGCACUGUACAAAAAGGACUGUGCCAAUGCCUGUAAACUUGCACUAUCCGUAGGAUUCACACACCUCGACGCUGCGCAAAUGUACGAAAACGAGGAAGGUGUAGGCGCUGCGAUCGCAUCGAACAUAGUCUCGCGUGAUUCAUUGUACAUCACAACAAAACUUCAAGCCAUCCCAGCAGGGCAGACCGUGGAGCAAACGCUCAAUGAGAGUCUGAAGAAACUUCAAACGUCUUACGUGGAUUUGUUCCUCGUGCAUGUUCCUACCCAGCACACGAGUCGAGAGGGCGGACUACAGCAAGUCUGGCGAGAAAUGGUAGACGUCAAGGAUAAAGGCCUUACGCGUAGUAUCGGAGUCAGCAACUUCAAUAAGGCGUAUCUCAAAGAGGUUAUCGACGUUGGGCUAGACAAACCUGCAGUGAAUCAAAUCGAAUAUCAUCCACUCGUUGCUAACCGCCUUGCUCCCCUCCUGGAAUACUCUAAGGAACAAGGAAUCAUCACCGCCUCUUAUGGGUCACUUUCUCCCAUCCUCCCCUCGCGUACUACCAAUGAGUCUCUCAAACCCGUCUUGUCAAAGUUCACCUCCGCACUAGACAAGAUUGCUCAAUCACGCGGUCCAACUGUAACACAGAGUCAGAUCCUCUUCAAAUGGCUCGAAGCACAGCAGGUCGUCGCAGUCACCACCUCUAGCAAGGAGUCUCGCUUGAAAGAAUACUUACAGGCAGAUGAAUUAGCGGAUCUUAGUGAAGAAGACAAGAAGGUGAUCAGUGACGCAGUCGGUGACGCGCAUUUCCGCGCAUUCUCGGCGUUCUCUCACAUGGAUGAUAAUUAGGUGACCCGGGACGACUAUAAACGGCAUGACCUGGCCUG